AUGGAGCCCCAGUCCCCGCCCAAGAGAAUGACGCGUGCGCGUGCCGCCGCGAAAGCAACAACAGCCGACAGCAUGUCGUCUUCCGCGCCAACAUCCACGCCUGCGUCGUCGCGAGCCAAGUCUGCCACGGCCUCGUCUCGAGCAAGAACGUCCACGGCCACCGCCACCACGGCAUCGGCCGCUGCUAAGCGGAAACUCCGCACCGACGACGUCGAGACCGACAACGAACUGGACGAGCUCGGUCUCGACCGGCCCCAGCCGUCGACCAUGCAGAAAGCUGUACGUGCCGCCCGUGGCCGCCCCAAGAAGACGCCAGUUGAGGCGGAGCCCGUAUCCGCGUCCGCAGUCGUUGCACCUCGUCCUCGCGGACGGCCCCCAACCAAAAAGACACCCGUGCCAGAGGCGGCCCGGCCGUCGUCGCGGGCUUCUACAAGUACAAGCACAAGCACAGUCACAACCGCAUCCACUACAGAAGCACCAGCUUCACGCGCAACAAGAGCCAAGAAGACGGUGACACUGGCUGAGGAUGCACCCGAAGAACCGGCAAAGAAGCGGGCGACGCGUGCCCGUGCUACAUCGGCAACAGCCAGCUCAGCCGCCGCGAACACCUUGCCGUCGGCCACGACGCGCAUCUCCGUCCGCAGUGCAUCGGCCACCGUCGCGGCCAAGUCGGCGGCCAUCAAGAAGAAGGUCACUUUUGAAGAGCCCGAGAAGGAAAACAUUGUUCCGGCCAGAGGAGGUGGCAAGGCACCCGCAGCUGACACGGCAACCGAAUCGACGACGACGGCAACCUCGACGGGCCUCAAGGCCAAGCCAGCCCGGCGAGCUGCCAACACAUCCAAGGCUGCAGCGACAUCGACAUCGACUGCCGGCCCUCGCUCAAGAACGGCCUCGGGUAGGGCUGGAUCCGCCAAACCGUCGGCACCGCUCAGCCCUAAGAAGGUCACGCAGGUCCGCCUGGCACGCGACUUUGACGUCGAUUCCGAGGAUGAGCUGGGUGCUAGUGACGAGUCCCACCUCAAGCCUUUUGAGCGGAGCCCCACCAAACCGUCUGUCGCUGCCGGCAUCACGCCCGCUGAGCGCACCAAGGCACUGGCCAACGCCGGCCUCGACCUCGAAUCCUCUACACGCGACAUCACCGCUAACCUGGCGUCGAUGACAACCCUGGCGCCCCCUGACCUCCAGACAGGCCUUCUCACGAGCCCGGCCUGCCGUCCUCCCCCCUCUCCUGUCAAGGAGGGCCUCAUGAACUCCCCGGCCCGCCGGCUCGACGGUCUGGUAACGAUGGACGGCGUUUUGGCCUCCACCAGAAAGACUACCAGGCACAACAGCGGAAGCAGCAGCAACAACAACAAGAUUGACGGCCACGGCGGGGCAAAGAGCCAUUCUGUCCUCUUCUCUCCCGCCAAACGGUUCCCCGUGCACCCCAAGAACCACGCGGCUGGCGGCCAGGACGAUACCCUUCGCUCGCCGAUGAAGCUGUCUCUGCUGCAGACGCCGGCCAAGCGUCCGGCUUCGCCCGUCAAGGCGGCCAUUCUACUGCAGCGCCCCGACAUGAAGCCAUCCUCGCUGAACGUCCAGGUCGAGGAGGCCGAGGGUGGCGAGACGGAAGAGGUGGCCGAGGACGAGUUCAACGAAGCUGACGAGGCCGACGUCUCUGAUGCGGAGACGGAAGACAAUGGUCACGAAGCAGACGACGAUGCCGAGAACAAUGAUCAGACCGAAUCCCUGACUCAGAUGCUGCAAGACAUGGCCGCCGAUGCCGCCUCUGCUCUGCGUGAUCCUGAAUCGCCUUCGCGCCGCAGCGUCCCUGGUCGUGUCUCUGCCGCCCUUGCUCGUGCCGCCGAUCCCACCAUCGAGGUUGAUUGGGCCGAGGUUCAGUCCAACCCCGACGACGAUGUGUCACCGCCCGGUGACCCCAUGGAGGUUGACGAGUCGAUUCUGGGCGCGGCCACAGCGCUGGUGGCCAUGUCCCCGCCCAAACCCGAGCCCAAGGCGCCGUCCGGUGUCUUUGGCCUGCGCGCCAAGGACCUCGAAGACGGCAACGACGACAUGGAUUCCGAUAACGACGUUACCAUGCACAUGCCGCUGCCUUCGAACGACGAUAUGCCGGCAACCCCUUGCCCGGCCAGGACACCCUCGAGCCGGUCGGCGCGUACCAGCAUGGGAGGCCAAGGCACGGCCAAACGUCCUAAGAUGGGCAAGUUUGGCUUUACGCCCCUGGCCGACCAGCUCAACGGCUGGAAGGUGCGCAGUCCUGCCAAGGCGGCGGCCACACCCACACCAACACCAGGUGCUGAGAAGCAAGACCCCGAGGUCCCCGAGGUCCCCACGGAGCCUGUCGAGGGAGUCCCCAAGGCGUCGCCCGAUGCCAAGAAUGCCUCUGUCAUGCCGUCAUACUUUGACGACGCCACGGUCGGCCAUUCUCUUCGCGCAUCUUCUCGCCAGAGCGGGAUUCCUGUGCCUUUGGACGACAAGGAGUGCGCUGGUCUUAUGGAGAACGUUGUGCUGCAGGAGGAGAUUGAGACACCCGAGUUCGAUGAAGACCUUGUUGUGACAGAGGAAGACUUGGACUUGGCACAAGAGGCCAACGAAAUGUCGCUCAUGGAGCCUGCUGAGCUUGCGGACGUCCUGCACGUGCCCCAGAGCUCCGACGAUGCCAUGUCCGAGGCCAGCCAGGAGUACGGCGACGAGAACGCCAUCCCCAUCGAUCCGGCCCUGCUCGCGGAAAGCGGUGCCUCGCCUGUUGCUGUGCCGCCCGUUACACCGCAGCGUGUUUUGACGCGCACCUUCCACACGGUGUCCAAGGUGCCUUUGAAGCCGGCCGACGAUUCGACCCCGAGCCAACCCUCGUUCCGCCGUCGCAGCAUGAGUGCCUCGCGCCUCCCCACCUCGUCACGCCGUCGCUCCAGCAUCAGUGUUGCGAGCAACGCGAAGAGUGCGGACAACGCGACUGGCGGCUCUACCCACACCAGCCCCAGCAAGCGCAGCGACAACGGCCGUGGUCUUACGCGGAGUGCGACCGUCAUCUCGUACUCCCCGUCGAAGAAGGAUGGGCGCCGUGAAAGCCAUCGUGAGAGCCGGCGUAGGAGCCGUCGCGAGUCCUUUGGCGGGCCGGCCUUAACCUUGGAAGAUGCUCUGUUCGAUAGCAGCGAGGAUGAGAGCCCCGAGGAUGUGAAACAACCUGAAGUCGCCGCUGCGAUCCCAUCGGCACCAGCCACGCCGACCAAGUCGAGUGCAGAUGUGGACGAGGAUGCUGACCCUACCUGGUCGACGGCGGGCACGCCGGCACGCACGCCCCGCCGGGACCUGGACCCUGCCCUGCUGCGCGGCGCGGUUGUCUUUGUGGACGUGCACACAACGGAGGGCGCGGAUGCCAGUGCCAUCUUUGUCGAGCUGCUGACCCAGAUGGGUGCGCAGUGUGUCAAGACCUGGCCGUGGAACCCGGCGAGCCCAGCCAGCAGCACCAAGGACGGAUCGUCGCGUGUUGGUAUCACGCACGUUGUCUUCAAGGAUGGCAGCAAGCGUACGCUGGACAAGGUGCGCGAGAGCAAGGGUCUUGUCCAGUGCGUUGGAGUCAGCUGGGUUCUUGAUUGCGAACGUGGUAACCAAUGGCAGCAUGAGGCGCCGUACUGCGUCGACACGGCUCUGUCGCCUCGUGGCCCCGGCCGUCGUCGCCGGAGCAUGGAGCCCGAGGCCCUUGCUAACAUCAACGGAAUCCUUGUGUCGACGCCGCCCAAGCAGACCGGUGGUCCUUCGGCCGCGGUGCGUGAGUGCCGCACGGCCCCGCCGCCGAGCACGCCCAUGAACCGUCGCGACAGCACGCUGUGGAUGCGCACGCCCGACGACGAGGACAGUGUGAACAAGCGCCGCAGCCAUGGCGCCCGCGACGGUGGCCAGGACGAUGACCAAGAGAACGGCAACGAUGAUGUCGACGGCUAUGGCGAACCCGACUGGGGCAUGACGGCCCUGCUGACGCCGGUGCCCAAGACACCCGCACCGGAGGCCAUUGCACGCUAUGCGGCCAACAUCGCCCUGUCGUCGCCGUACGGUAGCGACACCGGCAGCAACUACGGCGGCGGCGACGACGACGACGACGACAGUACCCUGGCGUCGAUGCAAUUUGACCAGGGCCCGCUGGUCACGCGCACGUGCCCGCCCAAGCAGCGGUCGGUGUCGUACCACGAGCUGGGCGCGGGCAUCCUGUCGCGCGAAAAGGACGAGGGCGUGCUGAUGCGUCUGAUGGCAGCGCGCCGCAAGAGCCUGCAGUUUGCGCCCAAGGUUGCGAGCCCGCUGUCCAAGGCGUGGAAUUAG